GGUCGGUGUCCGAGACUCUCGCCCCAGUGCGAGUUAUAAGUAAGCAUGCUCUCACGACUAACGACCGGUAGGUCGGUGCUCACCCCUCGCUCGCAGCUCUACCUGGCACUCAUCACACUCGCUUCACUCGCCACUUUGCCCCGACACCCAUCCUUAGUGUUUCACUCACCGUUGUUGCUCGAUCGACACUUACUGCUCACUCGCCACUCUAGCUGGCACUCAUCAUACUCACUUCACUCGCCGCUCUACCCGGCACUCAUCAUACUUGCUUCACUUGCCGCUCUGCCCAACACUCUCAGUUCGCGUUUUCGCUCACCACUGUUGCUCGGUCAGCACUCAUCUCACUCGUUGCUCGAUUCACGAGCCCUGCGCCUGCUCAGUUCAAGGGCUUUGUUCCCGUUUACCUUCGAUCUUGUUGGCUCCAUGCUCGCGUCGUUCACGGGAUCUGCUUUCGCGUUGUUCAUGAGUUUUGUGACCAUUCGUCAUCGACCUCUUGGUUCAGCUUGACGAUUGUCUUUUUAUCUGGUCGACAUUUUUUAGUCGCCCGGUCGAGAUUUUAUGGUCGUUGGGUUGGUAUUUUCUUGGUCGCGCUCAGAGUUUUACUCGUCGAUCCGUCUCUCUAUUACCCGGUCGCGAUUUUACUAUCGCUGGGUUGGUAUUUUCUCAGUUGCGCGCUCGACAUCGCUCGCCCGUUCUCAUUCCGCUCGAUCGACAUUAUCUUUAUUUCUUGAUUGGUAUUUCCUCGGUUGCGCACUCGACAUUGCUCACCUGUUCUUAUUCCGCCCGACCCGCAUUCUCUAUAUUACUCGGACAACAUUUUUUCGAUCGCGCUUACGGAUUUACACAUCCUGGUUGCGGUUUACUGUCGCUCGGUCGACAUUUUUCUCAGUCGCGCUCACAGCUUCGCUCGUCCAUCCUUCUCUCUAUUGGUCGAUCACGAUUUACUGUCGCUCGGUCGGCCCUCGCUCGGUCACGAUCAAGGCUUUGCUCGUCCAUCACGCUCUUUAUUGCCAGGUCUCGAUUUACUGUCGCUUGGUUGGCACUAACUCGGUCACGAUCUUGGUUUCGCUCCUUCAUCAUUCUCUUUGUUGUCAGGUCGUGAUUUACUAUCACUCGAUCGGCACUCGCGCGGUCACGCUCUUUAUUGUCAGGUCGCGAUUUACUGUCGCUUGGUCGACACUCUCUCAAGCGCGCAUUCGGUUCUACUUAUCCGUCAGUCUACUCGCUCGGCAUUAUCUCGGUCACCUAUUUUUUGAUUGCCCGAUCACGAUUUACUAUAGCUUGGUCGACACUUUUCCGGUCGCACUCACGGCUUCGCUCGUUGAUUCGUCUCUCUAUUGCCCGGUCACAAUUUAUGGUCACUCGGUCGGAAUUUCUUUCUAGGUCGUGCUCGUAGCUUUGAGCGUCCAUCAUUCUCUUUAUUUCUCGAUCGUGAUCUAUUGACACUCGGUCGAUAUUUCCUCGAUUGCGCUCACGGCUCUGCUCGCCCGACACUCUCUCUAUUGCCCGGUUGCGAUCUAUUGACACUCGAUCAAUAUUUCCUUGGUUGCGCUCAUGGUUCUGCUUACCCAUUAUUCUCUCUAUUGGUCGGUCACGAUUUACUGUCGCUCGGUCGACGCUCUCCCGGUCGCGCUUACGAAUUUACUCGUCCUGGUCGCGAUUUAUUGUCGCUCGGUCAGUAUUUUUCUUGGUCACGCUCACGACUCUGCUAGUCUAUCAUUUUCUCUAUUGCUCGAUCACGAUUUAUUAUCACUCGGUUGACACUUUUUCGAUCGCCCAGUAUUGAUUUAUUGUCGCUCAAUCGUUUUACUCAGCAUCUCUCGACCGUCUGCUCAAUAUCGCUCGACAUUCACCAGAUCGCUCUUUUGACACUCGCUCGAUAUGCCUUUUGUCGCUCGAUCGGCGCUUAUUCUUUUCAUCGCUCUGCUAGGUACCAGUCGUCCACAGCUACUCAUUCGAUGUGAUAAGACGAGCCAAGUGAACUGAUUCUGCAUCCAAUAGCGAUUCUAUUUUAGGCUUGGUCUAGUCAGUCAGACUUGCGCCUUCUUUGACUAGACUUGAGGGGGAGGCUUGUGACGUGGAUAUGGGUUGAGGGGUAGGGAAGAAAUUAAGAGGAAGAAGGAGGGCAUUUUAGUCUUUUGGGAUAGUUAGGGCUUGAGGAGAAAAGAGGAGGGAAUGUAGCAUGCAAAAGGGGCUGCUGCUGCUUCGUGGUUUUGGAGGUCGCCGCCGCCAACAAAGAAGAGAGUUCUUCUCCCUCUCUCUCACCACCACCAUCGCAAUGCCGACGACAACCCCUCCUUCCUCCUUCUCCUCGCGACACCAUCGCCGGACUCCCUCUCCUCCUUGCGACGUUGCCGCCGCCGGACAGGCUACUACCCCUCCCCUCUUCCUCAUGCUCUGCUCUUCACCAGGGCUCGCCACUGCUCCUUCUCCUUCUCCUCACGACGACUGCCUCUCCACUUCCUCCUCUUCGCAACGUCGACGUCGGACAGGUCGUUCUCCGUUGCUACCAGGGGUUGGCCACGCCACCCUCAUCGGUUCCGACCACCGCCUCCUCCCUCUCACGCUCGCUUCCCCACUGAUGCCUCCUCUCUGCCCCCUUGCGCACAUCGCGACCCCCGUCGUGAACGCCGACGUCGCUACCUCUCUUGACGUCGUAACCUCCUCCCCUUUCUCUUCUCCACACUCCUGCCAGCCUUACUUCUCCCUCCUGUUGACGUUGUCGACAAUGAGCGACCACGACCACCACGUGCCUUUGCUCUCCUUCCGUCCCCGCUGCAUUCCAGCCAUCCACCGUGGCUCCGGCAGCAACCCUAGUGCCGCUUCACAACCCUCGGCACUAAUCUGGCCUCUAAGCCCUCGUUACCGUGGGCCUUGCUAUCACCGACACGACCGUCUCCACUCCUAUUGUGUUCCGACCUUCGGGCUGAUUUUGCUUGUAUGUUAUAUUUCACUUAUCUGGCUUAUGUGUCAUGUUCUGGGCCUUCAUGCAGUUAUUAUUUUAUCUUGGCCUACGUGCCAAUGUCUUAUCCUGGUUUGCUUGCCGAUCUUAUGUCCCGACCUACGUGCUGAUCUUAUGUCCCGGUCUGCAUGCCGAUCUUAUGUCCCAGCCUGCGUGCCGGUGUUUUAUCCCGACCUGCAGCUUGUCUUCCGGUUCCCUUCCGCGUUCGGCUUUGCGUCGCCAGAUCCAUCCCUUCAUCCUGAUCAGGUGUCGUCUACUCUUCCGGGUCACAACAACUCGAGCAGCGUCCCAUUCGAGGGCGCCCCCUGGGCCAGGCCUCGGAGUCGGGGUACCAGGAACCAGGGGGACCCGGUCACUGGCUGUAGGUUGCGUUGAACAGAGUACUUCUGAAGACUUUGUCAACACAGAAGUCAUCUCAGCACACCCCCUCCAAGACGUCGCGACUCAGUCAACAUUUCAUCCACCUCACCCGACGGUCCAUCUGACUCAGAUUCCGGAAAGGAUCAUAGCCCAAGAGCAAAAUUAAAAGGAUUUAAGUCCAAAAUGGACAAUCUCAUUCAUUAUGGAGAUAUUUGAAUAUCCUUUAGGCACAACAUUCUUCUUGUCCCGAGGAACUCGGAAGGGGCGACCUCCUUGGCUUUUUAGGCCUAGAGCGAUAGAGCUUGGCAUUGAGCUCGACGAUGGGAGCAACUCCAAGGGCGAUGGACUUGCGCUUCGGUGACUCCGUGAGCCAUCCCAACGACUCCACACGCUUCUUCCUCUUCUCAUCCUCCUCUCCUCCCCCUACGAUCUUCCCCAUGUGAUCCUGCUGCUUCGUAGCAUCGGCAUCACUGAUGACUCCGUGAUCCAUCCCAGCGACUCCACACGCUUCUUCCUCUUCUCAUCCUGAACUCUCUUCCCCUGCGAUCUUCCCCAUGUGAUCCCGCUGCUUCGUAGCGAGAUCUACGAAGGAAUACACAAAGGGCAACAGCAAGAAAAGGAGAGAAAACGAAACCAACCGUCGCAGCCUGAGGCUAAAGGGAGGAAGGCUAGGGGGAGAAAGAACCAGAGCUCAGUUACAAGCUCUUGGGAAAAUGGAACUCUCCUUCACAGCGCGAUGUGGAGGAGAGUUCGAUCGUUAAGAGAAAAAAAUUUUGCCACGCGAUGAGAUUUUUUUUACGCUCACUUGAGAAUAACUUUACUGUAAGACUGUUAACAGCUCACCCUGCCCUCCGAUAAUUAAGACUAUAAAUGAAUCAAGCGUUCGUGAACAAGUUUGGUGUUCGGCUUGGUAAGAGCUUGUUUA